CUUUAAUGCCACCCCACGUAGGCUCAGCCUAGAGCUCAGCUAUUGGCCUCGGCGUAUUUUUGUGCGUGUUUCACCUGGAGCUGCUCUGCAAGGUGCUGUGUUUACAUCAGUUCAGAAAUGCAGGUUGACGGCAGAGCAAAAAAAAAAAAAAAAAAAAAAUUCCAGCUUUCCAGCUUCUGUGUACUUGGACGUGCCCAACCGGAGUGACCUUUCAAAGCUUGGGUGUCAAAUUGUGGAGGAAUGCUUCUCCCAUCCACCUAGGUUCCACCUAUCACACACAGACACGUGGCCAGCAGGAUUUUUAACUUAAACCCAGGCAGUUCCAAUGCUCAUCUUCCUCAUUCUCUCAAAAAUACCCUAAUUUUAAGUACAGCUUAAGGUCCCACCAUCAGUCACAUGUGCCACACCAGUAAUACUCAGGGGCUGCGUGGCCCAGUAGUGCAGUAGUGAGGGAGUAGCACCAGUGCCUCUGAAAAGCUCAUUCUGGUUAAGCUGCCUUGGAGAGGGAUGGGGAGCAUCUUACAAACUGUUGCUGUAUCUCUCCAGGUUCCGUGUGCUUUUUGCCUCCCGGAGGAGGGCCUUGCCAAGUCCCAGACAAAACCACUCCAAUGCUGCUGGCUCAUACCCGUGCUUGCAGCAGGCUGGUGUUGGAAAAACACAAUCUGUCGUCUUUGCGCAGCGUAACUGAUCUUGUCUCAACUGUCAACAUGGAGCUUGACAUCCAGUGUGAGGAGAUGAGCCCAUCUAGAUGGGCUGAACUUCUGUCCACAAUGAAGUCCUGUAAAACCAUCAGGCUGGAUGACUGCAAUCUCUCCAGCAGUAACUGUGAGGAUCUUUCCUCCAUCAUCAAUACGAAUCCGUCCCUCACGGAGCUGAAGCUGAACAACAAUGAACUGGGAGACGUGGGCGUUGAACACCUGUGUAAAGGGUUGCUGAUGCCAAGCUGUAGCCUACAGAAGUUAUGGCUCCAAAACUGCAAUCUGACAAGUGCCAGCUGUGAGACUCUUCGCUCCGUCCUCAGCGCACAGCCAUCCCUGACAGAGCUGCAUGUGGGUGAUAACAAACUGGGAACUGCUGGAGUGAAGGUGCUCUGUCAAGGGAUGAUGAACCCCAACUGCAAGCUGCAGAAGCUGCAGCUGGAGUAUUGCGAACUCACAGCUGAUAUUGUGGAAGCUCUCAAUGCUGCCCUGCAAAGCAAGCCCACCCUGAAGGAGCUCAGCCUGAGUAACAACACGCUGGGAGAUACAGCUGUGAAGCAGCUGUGCCGGGGACUGGUGGAGGCAAGCUGCAACCUAGAACUGCUACACUUGGAGAACUGUGGCAUAACCAGCGAUAGCUGCCGGGAGAUCAGCGCUGUUCUCAGUAACAAGUCAUCGCUGAUAGAUCUCUCCGUGGGGGAUAACAAGAUUGGGGACUCUGGUCUGGCUCUGCUGUGCCAGGGACUGAUGCAUCCUAACUGCAAAAUCCAGAAGCUAUGGUUAUGGGACUGUGAUCUCACAAGUGCUAGCUGUAAAGAUCUCUCCAGACUCAUCAGUACAAAAGAGACCCUCACAGAGAUCAGUCUGAUAGACAAUAACCUGAGAGACUCCGGGAUGGAAAUGCUGUGUCAGGCACUCAAGGAUCCCAAAUCGAAACUCCAGGAGCUAUGGGUUAGGGAGUGUGGGCUCACGACUGCUUGCUGCAAGGCCGUCAGCUCUGCUCUCAGCAUGAACAAGCACUUGAAAGUACUGCACAUGGGCGAGAACAAGUUGGGAGAUACAGGUGUUGAACUCAUGUGUGAAGGGCUGCUGCACCCCAGCUGCAACAUCCAGUCCCUAUGGCUGGGGAACUGCGAUCUCACAGCAGCCUGCUGUGCAACCCUCGCCACCCUCAUGACUACCAAGCAGUGCCUUACCGAGCUGGACCUGAGCUACAACUCUCUGGAAGAUGAAGGCAUCAGGAAGAUCUGCGAAGCCUUGAGGAAUCCCAGCUGCAAUGUGCAGCAGUUAAUUUUGUAUGACAUUUUCUGGAGUUCUGAAGUGGAUGAUGAACUGAGAGCCCUGGAAGAGUCCAAGCCUCAAGUGAAGAUCAUUUCAUGAGUGGUGACUGCCUGCAGAGCAACGUCAAAGCAACGUCCUCUUCUUAAUCUGAACUUUUUCAUACAUAAAACUAAUUAACUUAAUAGAGAAUUUGCUUGUACCAAAAAUGUUUGUGGAUUCCCUGAGUGGGUGUCCGGGGAGCUGAUCAACCUUCUGUGCAUCUCUGGAUGUACUAACUCCAAAGCUUGUGGAAGUGUACAUUUUCACUGCAGCACUACUAUCCUUGAAAUAAACAGUUACUGGGCAGCUUCUAGAAGUGGGGUCUCUACCCUUUAGGAGCUCUUUAAUCCUAUAAUCCCUUCUAAUGCAUUAGUCAGGCUUUAAAGAGAGCUCCUUUCCAAAGGCAGGAGGAGAGCUGCCUACUGUAUUAUUACUGGGUUGGUGCUUUUACCAGACCUCUGGCAAAGGUGCUCCAAAAAACCAAAUGUUUUUUAAUCUAAAACGGAGCUCUCCCCUGCUUUUCCCUAGAAGAGUUCUUGGAAAAGCAGUGGUGGCCGAGGCACUAGAGGAGAAGGAAAUGAGCAGCUGUUCAGCUGCACAACUUCAAAAUUGGUGUCCCUUGAAAAGCGACCUUCCUACAAACAAAAGAUGCUGUCUGCAUUUCUGCUAGUAUGGGAAAUGAUUAAAUGGUUUUGAUAUGUUUGCUCUGGCAAGAGUGGUUCUACAGGAACUUU